AUGCAACUAGCGUUUCUGGACUUUGAAGCCGCGUUCGACUUUCCUCACCGAGGCCGUCUUCUCAACGCGCUUCGCGCCAAUGGAGUACCAGGAAAGUUCGUUCGCUUGCUCGAUGACAUGAAUCAACGAACAACUGCUGCAGUUCGAACACCAGCCGGAUGUACAACACCGUUUGAAGUGGUAACUGGAGUAAGACAAGGGGCGGCGGCAGGACCUUCCUGUUUAAUUUCGCCAUCGACGACAUUAUGCGAAGAACAGUCGACCAGUGUCCUGCCGACAUUGUCUUAG